AUGCCACCCUAUACUCACACUGGCCCAGUGGGAUGCGACCAGGAAUUUGAUGCUAGCGUUCUGCGGGGGAAAGUCGCAAUUGUGACCGGAGGUGCCAAUGGCUUAGGCGAAGCUUACGUCCGAGCUCUCAUAGCGGCUGGGKAUGGAAUCAUAGCCUGUGAUGUCAGCGCGUUACAUUUGCGAAGGCUGACUCAAAAUAUCAGGGUGAAGGUAUGCAUCGGAGAUCUCGACACCAAAAAGGGACAGAAGUUGGAAUUGGAGCUACCAGGCACAAAAUUCAUCCAAUGUAACACCGCCGUCUGGGAUGACCAGGUCCAGCUCUUCAAAGAGGCAGUCUCACUGUCACCAACCGGCAGGAUUUCUUAUGUGGUCGCAAAUGCUGGUAUCCAUCGAGUAGAUGAAGUCUUCCAGCAGUCAAAUACAGACAAUGAAGCUGAACAGCCAGAUUUGAGCAUCAUCGAUAAUAACAUAAAGGGUCCUCUAUAUACAGCCAAGUUGGCGGCUCACUAUUUCCUCCGCCAAAACGGGCAGACACCUACACCUGAACAGCAGGAUACGUGCUUGAUCCUGAUCGGCUCAGGAGCAGCAUUUUUGGACGUUCCGCGGUCUCCCCAGUACUCUGCAAGCAAAUGGGCGAUGCGUGGCAUCAUGCAUUCGUUGCGCAGGACUACCUACUACUACGGAAGCCGAGUGAACCUGAUUUCUCCAUGGUAUGUACGAACGAAUAUCUUGCCCGAAGAAAAGUUCAAACAUGUCGCCAACACUGGGAUACAAUUUGCAACGGCAGAGGAUGCAGGACAGUGUCUACUCCGAAUUCUCAGUGACCCCAGUGUUAAUGGCCACUCCUUCUUUGUCACGUGUAGAAAAUGGGCUUCACGAGGGUACAUUGAUCUAGACUUGGAGGACUACCCAGGAAACGACCUGCUAGCCGAAAUUCAGGAUGACCAGAUCCGACCUGCGCCAGUUUCGGCAGGGUUGUUUGUUGAAUAG